UCUGCUUUCCUGCAGCGAGCCGUGUAGAUCCUUGACUCAACGUACCACACAUGACCCGAGUAGGAUUCCUACUCUCGUGAAACGUUUGCAGGUUACCGAGUGAAUCGGUGCCGUUGACUUAUGAGGGAGCGGUCGGUGAAGAAAGCCAAAGGAAGCAAUUAUGGGAUCUCUCCUCGUCCCGUGUCCUGGAGGACAAAGCAGCCAUUGUGGGAUCAGGCCAGUGUGGUUUUCACUGAGGGACCACGCGGCCUGAGGGGAGACAAGACGCAGUCCUCAGAAGGCCACGAUGUGGACGCUGGCUGGAGUCGUUGUCCUGCACGUCACCUCCAUCGUCCUGCUGCUGCUGGCCGCUGUCCAAAAUGCCUGGUGGGUCACCGACACAGUGUCAACUGACUUGUGGGGCAGAUGGGAGUGGAAGGACUCUAACUGGAAUUACACCAGCGUGAUAAACCCGGAAGAUCUCCAGGCGGUUCAGGCCACCUCGGUGCUGGCCUGUGUUUUUGCCGUCCUGUCCUUGUUUGUGUUUGUGGCUCAGCUGUUCACUCUGCCCAAAGGCCAGAGGUUCACCUUCACCGGCAUCCUGCAGCUAAUCGCCUGUCUGUGUGUAAUGAUCGCAGCCUCAGUCUACACGGCCAAGCCGCCCCCCUCCAGCCAGGAGGAGGGGAGGUACGGACACUCCUACGUGCUGGCCUGGAUCUCCUUCGUCCUCACCUUCAUCUUAGCCGUCACCUACCUCAUCCUGCGGAAGAAGAGCGAGUGAGAGGAAACGGGGAGCGAGGGCCGCCUCGGGGUCCUGAUCCCGCUUUGAAUUAGGGAAACUCCAAAGAAUGGGAUGUGCUUCAGAAGUUGGGGGGGCUGUUAAAUAGAUGAUAUACAUCUGCAGGAAAACCAGGGCGGAGGACGUUCCAUUGCUUAAAAGAGCCACUUGGUUUGACUAUAAUAAAUUGAAAUGGAGCUCUUGCUUCCAUUAAAUGACAUUUUGAUAAAUAAUUUGGUUUUCAUUCAGUCUUGUAUCUGUGCAUUAAAGCAGAGGGUUCCUUUAGCAUAGAAACAGUCUCUGAUUCUUCUCAUCGAACUAUUCAAGAAGGAAAGAGAACACAGCACGUCCAACUGCUCCUUUUAGGAAUCUAAUAGUCAACCCCGUGGGAGGAGAAAAGCCCCGUUGAGACUUCGUAGCUGGAAACACUCAUCAUCCCGUAUCCCCCAGUUGCUGCUGCAGGAUUCCAGAGUGGGAACAAAUAUGUGUGAGGGUCUGUGGGGUCCAGCAUGCAUACAGACCUGUUCAAGUACAACCAGGAAAGACCAGCCUCAUUAUACAGCACAAGUAGCUUUAAUCAUGUAUUCUCAUUCUACUUCUGGGGCAUAAUUAUCCUUUUUAAUGCACAUUGUAACCAUUAUAUUUUUAUAACAUUUUGUACUGUUUUCUUUUUCUGAUUUUCUGUGUGUAGUUGGCUGCUAUUAUCAGAAAAGUACAUGCGAUGUGUACAGGUGAACAUUAACUGAACCAAGAUCGAGGUGAUUUAAUUUCACCAUAUUAAAAAAAUUCUGCAGUAGGAUUUAUUUGUAAUUAUAUUGGAAUUAAAGCCAUAUCAUUUAUUAAUAAAACUAAUUAUACCAAAA